AUGGCUGCGCAAGUUCUUCUUCGGUUGGGGUAUCCACUACGUCCUCAAACAUCUCGUCAUAGCAAUAAUGAUGUGGAUCAUCAUCAUCACAAGUCUGUCGCCCCUACUGUAUAUGAGUGGUUGCUGCAUGCAUUGAUGAGAGUGCUUGAUGAAGAAAUAAGCUUAACUGGGAAACCGAAGGACAAUGACUCUGUUCAGAUUUGCAAGGAGAAAAGAUUGAUGAUAUCAUCUGCAUUCCAACUAACAAAGAUAUUCGAUACAUCUGCACAAGAUAUUCAUUGGUAUCUUCACUCACCAAGAUAUAAGGAAGUUGCUGAUUUGAAGUUGAUAGUAAACGAUGUUGCUUCCUUGUUAAAAGGCGCGGGCUUUGCGUUAAGACCUCAGGAUAUCUGUGUGAAUGACUUGAACUGUUUCUCGAGCAAAUCAGGUUCCUGCAAAACCAAGUUAGGUGGAAAUUCAUCAUCCUUCGGACCACUUCCGCAUACAGGAACGUCGCUGACAAUUUCCACAAGAACCAUCAAGUCAUCCUUCAGCGCUCCAUGCAUUAGCGAACUUUCAGCUCCAUCCAUUAGCAAACUUUCAGCUCGCUCUUAUCACUCAUUCCAAACUUCAAGGUACCAAGGGAAUAAGUCCUUGUCGUUACCACCGGGGAAUGGGGUAAGUUCUGUAGAAAAAAAAGUGGAAGCGACAAGACGAUUAGAUGCUAUGUCAAGGAAAAAUUGGAGGUUCCUGGCAGUGAUAAAGAGGGCAGUGAUACGGUUCUAA